AUGAAUGCAAACAAAGGCUGCCACUUCUCCAGCCACCUUGCUGGGGUGAAGGGAAGGUAUACGCAGCCCAGUGCCCCUGAACUUCUGAGCGAGCCCUGCUUGGCCUGCCCUGGAGCUGAGGUAGGUGGGGAACGUUCCCUGAGGAUCCCUUGUUUAUCUUUGCCACCUCUCUCCCCAAAGAAGAAGAAGCAUCCUGACCAAGAGCAGAAAGCCAUAAAGAUCCAGGCGUGGUGGCGGGGCACCCUGGUGCGCAGGACCUUGCUGCACGCGGCCCUCAGAGCAUGUGUCAUUCAGCACUGGUGGAAGCUGAUGCUGGCAAGGCUGCUGGAGAAGAGAAAGCGAGCAGCCCUCGAGUCCUCCUCGCGGCGAGAAUGGGCAGUGGUCCAGCUGCAGUCCUUGGUCCGCAUGUGGCGCGUCCGCCAGCGUUACUGCCGUUUGCUCCACGCUGUCCGCAUCAUCCAGGUCUACUGGCGCUGGCAUAACUGCCAUUCCCGUGGCUUUUUCCAGGGCACCUACGACCUCACGGCAUCACAUCUGGGUCUUGAACUUGAGAUUUUUUUGGGCUCACAGAUUUGUCGGAUUACGGACUGCAUCCCCUUCCCAAUAAAGAACUGAUCAGGUCUG